AUGACCAUUUUCAACCUGAGCAGUUACAACCCAGGACCCUUCAUUCUGGUGGGAAUUCCAGGCCUAGAACAAUUCCAUGUGUGGAUUGGGAUUCCCUUCUGCAUCAUCUACAUUGUAGCUGUUAUGGGAAACUGCAUCCUUUUAUACCUCAUCAUGGUGGAGCGUAGUCUUCACAAACCCAUGUUCUUCUUUCUCUCCAUGCUAGCCAUGACUGACCUUAUCAUAUCCACAGCUGCUGUGCCUAAAACACUCAGUAUCUUUUGGCUGGUGGCUCGGAAAAUCACAUUCCCAGGGUGCCUUACACAAAUGUUCUUCCUCCACUAUAGUUUUGUUUUGGAUUCAGCCAUUCUGAUGGCCAUGGCAUUUGAUCGCUAUGUGGCCAUCUGUUCUCCCUUGAAAUACACAACUAUCUUGACUCCCAAGACCAUCAUCAGGAGUAUGGGCAUCUCUUUUCGGAGCUUCUGCAUCAUCUUUCCAGUUGUAUUCUUGCUGAUACGACUGCCUUUCUGCAGGACACACAUCAUACCCGACACAUUCUGUGAGCAUAUAGGUGUUGCCCGACUUGCCUGUGCCGAUAUCUCCAUCAAUAUUUGGUAUGGUUUUUGUGUUCCCAUCAUGACCAUCAUCUCAGAUGUGAUUCUCAUUGCCACUUCCUAUACUCUCAUCCUCUGUACUGUCUUUCACCUCCCCUCUCAAGAUGCCCGCCAGAAGGCUCUUGGCACCUGUGGUUCCCAUGUCUGUGUCAUUCUUAUGUUUUAUACACCUGCCUUUUUCUCCAUCCUUGUCCAUCGCUUUGGACACAAUGUUUCCCGGACAUUCCACAUCAUGUUUGCCAACCUAAGCAUUGUUAUUCCACCUGCACUCAACCCCAUUGUCUACGGAGUGAAGACCAAGCAGAUCAGAGAAAAGGUCAUACUUUUGUUUUCUACCAAGGGUACAGAAUGA